CAAAGUCCCGUACCAUUAUGGUGCGCCUGAUAUCCAUGGCCAUGACGGGCUACUACCGGACCAUGCAAAGACCGCGUGCGCACCAACCGCUGAGCAUGCUCAAAUACGACCCAAUCGGUACGACACCAUCGCUCUUUCAUUUCUUCGAACAUCGUGCCUGCCUCAUGUACAAAAUCUCGCUAGGAGCCGGGCACGCGCAACUGAGGAAGAGAGUGGACUUUUUUUUACAUGAAGGGAGACGCAUGGAGACACAGGAACACGGCUGA